AUGGAGGUGCAGGCCUAUAAAGACUCUCGGCCUUCUAAGGAGCCACCACCUCCUUAUACCAGUCCUCAAACAGGAUCACAAGGGUCACCCCAGGCAUACCGUGUGUACACCCACGUCACACCAGUGAUCCAGACCAGUAAGUACAGCAGCUGUCUCUCCUCGUCUGGCUCCCAGAAGGCCACUGUGCUCAGUGCAGACAGCACUUUCCCUGACAUGUUCACUGGAGUGCCAAGGGUGACAACUUCCAUGCCGAUGCAGACCAUAUGCCCCUUCUGUGGGAGCCACAUCAUCACGGUGACAACCCCUAUCCCAGGCAUCCUCACCUGGCUGCUGUGCAGUGGGCUCUUUAUAUUUGGGUGCUUCCUGGGCUGCUGCUUCCUCCCCUUCUGUGUGCGGAGCCUCAUGGAUGUGAGGCACUCCUGCCCCGUGUGCCACCAGGAGCUCUUCCACCACCACCGCCUGUGA